AUGGAAAAGUGUGAACUGUUGAAAGUUAUUCUCAAUGUACAAAGUAACUGUUCCUUGUUUGCUAUUUGUAUUUCCAGUGAAUCAAUCAAGAAGUAUGUUCAUGCAGUACAUGAGCUAGCUAUUGAUAUUGCACACAAGAUGGCUAAAGCUAUGGGGCUAUCCGGGGUUUCAUUCAAGGAUUGGUGCUCACAGUUCAGGAUAAACAAAUACAACUUCACCCCUGAAGCCGUAGGCUCUUCUGGUGUUCAAAUCCACACCGACUCGGGAUUCCUGACCAUACUUCAGGACGAUGAAAAUGUGGGCGGCCUUGAAGUUAUGGACAAGUCUGGUGUAUUUUUGGCAGUGGAGCCCUUGCCUGGGUCCCUCCUUGUCAAUCAUGGGGACAUUGCUAAUGUUUGGAGUAAUGGGAGAUUCUACAACGUGAAGCAUCAAGUGUUGUGCAGGAGAGCCACAAUGCGUUUCUCGAUAGCUACGUUUCUCUUGGGACCCAAGGAGGCGGCGGUGGAAGCCCCAGUGGAAUUGGACUCUGCACACCCCCGCCUGUAUGUUCCUUUUACUUACAAUACUUUCACAAUGCUCCGAACCUCAAACAAGUUGCAUGCUGGUGAAGCUCUUGCUCUUGUGCGCUCCAACUCUUGAAAUAAGAUCUCGAAGCAUGGUUUCUUUAUUCCAUAUCUAUGGAGAUAAAAGAAACAAUUGACACCGCACUGGACACUGCUGAUCAACCAUA